UGCAUUCAACACUCCCUCGCUUCACCAAACAGAUUGCAAUUUCUGUACAAGAAGGCUUCAUGGUUCAGUUAGGACUGUCCAUCUUCUUAUUAGCGCAUCUGCAGGUUGCGUCGGAUAAUGCGCUCGCGCUACUUGCGGCAAAAGUCUGAAAAUGAGCGAUCAGAGAAGAAAAGCGUUAAAAACAAUACUUCAGUUGACGUGUCAACUUCUGUGGGUGGUGGGGUUGGUGGUGUGCCUAAGUGGUGUCUACCUGCUGAUGAACUACAGACAGAACACCUUAUUUCUCUCUCACAGCUACAUCUCCCUGCCAGCUAUCCUCGCUCUCGCCAGCGCUGCGCUCCUAUAUGCCUGCGGCUGCAUCGGCUCCUGGCUGAGCCUCAGAGAUUCCACCUUUCUGCAGGGACUGUUUGUUUAUCUGCUCGUGUUGGUCUUGUGUCUGGAAAGUACGGCUUCAGUGCUGGCUUAUUUUCACUCUACAAAGCUGGAUUCAGCGUUGUCUCCUCUUAGUGGAGUGUUUCAGAACUACACAGGCAGCAGCCAGGACCCCAACUCUCAAGCUGUGGAUGCUACACAAGCAGAGUUGCAGUGUUGUGGUGUCAAAGACUACAGGGACUGGAAGGAAACUUCCUGGUUCAACAGCACUGGAGGCCUCUGGGUUCCUCACAGCUGCUGCAACUCUACUUUCCCCUCCUGCGAUGGCACUGUGUACCAACCACAGCAGCUUUACACACAGGGCUGCCAGGUGAAGCUGGAGAUGAGCUUACAGUUUGUGCUGAGUUUGAUCAUCUGGGGCUUCCCGCUGGUGUUUUUGGUGGAGGUUGUUUUGUUUCUGACGAUGGCACAGCUGAUGAAGGACCAACCACGUGUGGAAUAUAGAGUAUUAGACAUAAACUAAAGACACUGUGAUACUAUUAUACUACAUCGUAUGUGAUAUUAUAUUGUGUAAAUGGGCAAUUAUUAUUGUGAUUAUUCCUGAGCUGCAGACACAUGAUCUCUCAUCUGCACCACUACUGCCAAUUAAUACAAGUGUAUUCCCGUACACCACAAAACAUGUGGCAAGAAAGUGGUGAAAUAUAUUUUAUACAAUGCAGUCAUCGAUAUUUCUGAC